AUGUUUAUACAUGUUGAACUAGUUCAAGAUUCACAAACAAUAAUUGCUCUCAUCGAAUAUUGCACUGAAAGAGAUAGAAAUUCAUCAUAUUAUCAUAUACUUCAUAAUUUCUUUACUAUUAUAUUUGAUUCCUCGAAAACAAUUCAAACAUGGGGAAAUCUUCUUGAUCUGUUAGUACCUUAUGCACAGUAUGGUCUAUUUGCAUCCAGUGAUGUAAGUCAAGCUCAGACGAUUAAUGUUCAAAAAAGAUUUAAACCAUGGUAUAAUAAUAUAUUUCGUCACGAUAUACAAUGCCAACAAUAUCGAAAAUAUGAUGAAAUUGACAGUUCAUUAUGUACAUGUUGUCAUCGACCCUAUAAAUCAUCAUCAUGUCAAUGGUCCAUAUCAAAAGCAAUUGCUUAUACAUUUGAUGAGCGUUAUGAUUACUAUAUGCAUGACAUUCAUAAAUGUUUAGCUAUUACUAAACUAGGACAUGUUAUUAAUGAGAAAUGGACAAGCCAAAAAUUAAAUGCUUAUAAACAAAAACAAUUUAUCAAGAAAAAAAAUCCAUGA